AUGUUAAUUUUUGGUGGUCGUGUUGUGAGUAAAGUGUUUGGAAGGAGGUUUUAUACCGUUGUUGGAUAUGACAAGUUACCAUUAAUUGGAAUUAAAAGUGCCCAAGAGGGUGUGAACGUAGACAAGAGGACAUUGGCGAGUGCAGAGAGAAAACAAAGGACCUUCACUGAUAGAUCCCAGCUGAAGUACGCCAGGAGACUCGUCGUUAAACUUGGCAGUGCCGUUAUCACCAGGGAAGAUGGUAUUGGGUUGGCAUUAGGACGACUGGCAUCUAUCGUGGAACAGGUAGCGGAAUGCCACCAUGAAGGCCGGGAGUGUAUUAUGGUGACGAGUGGGGCGGUGGCAUUUGGGAGGCAGAAGCUUACCCAAGAGUUACUGAUGUCUCUUUCUAUGCGGGAAACUUUAUCUCCAAGUGACCAUACAAGAGAGGAUGCUGGCAGCAUUUUAGACCCCCGCGCGGCAGCAGCAGUCGGACAAUCCGAACUUAUGUCCAUGUACGAUGCGAUGUUUUCACAAUACAAUGUCAAGAUUGCCCAGGUGUUGGUGACGAAACCGGACUUCUACAACGAAGAGACCCGGAAGAACUUGUUCUGCACACUCUCAGAGUUGAUAUCGCUCAACAUCGUGCCGAUUGUUAACACCAACGACGCGGUGAGCCCGCCGAUGUACAUCCACGACGAUUCAGUGGUACCAGGCACUGGCAAGAAGGGUAUCGGGAUUAAAGAUAACGAUAGUUUAUCAGCGUUACUCGCCGCCGAGAUCCAGUCAGACUUACUGAUCAUGAUGUCGGAUGUGGACGGUAUUUACAAUAAACCACCUUGGGAAGAUGGAGCAAGAAUGAUGCACACCUACACCUCCAAGGAACAGGUGCAAUUCGGACAGAAAUCUAAGGUCGGCACUGGAGGAAUGGAUUCUAAGGUGAACGCUGCUACAUGGGCUAUGGCUCGUGGAGUCAGCGUGGUCAUUUGCAAUGGCAUGCAGGAGAAGGCUAUCAAAACUAUCAUUAGUGGAAGGAAAGUUGGUACUUUCUUUACUGAUUGUCCAUCUACUUCAUCAAAUUCGGUUGAUGAAUUAGCUGAGAAUGCUCGAACAGGGAGCAGAAUACUACAGCAGUUAUCUCCAGUGGAUAGAGCAUCGGCUAUACACGUUCUAGCUGAUCUACUUGUUGAUAAACAAGACAAAAUAUUAGAAGCAAAUAACAAAGAUCUGGAAGAAGCUACUAAAAGUGGACUUGCUAAACCCUUGCUUGAUAGGCUUACAUUGAGUCCUGGAAAAUUGAAAACCCUUUCAAUAGGCUUAAAACAGAUUGCAGAUUCCAGCUAUGAUAACGUGGGGAGAGUAUUAAAAAAAACCAAACUAGCCGAAAACUUAAUGCUCCGUCAAGUAACUGUCCCUAUUGGGGUAUUAUUGGUUAUUUUUGAGUCAAGGCCCGAUUCUUUACCGCAAGUAGCUGCUUUAGCGAUGGCUUCAGCUAAUGGUCUUCUUCUUAAAGGAGGCAAAGAAGCAGCAUAUUCAAAUAAAGCUUUAAUGGAUUUAGUUAAAGAAUCUCUUGGUACUGUUGGCGCUGAAGACGCUAUCUCUCUUGUUUCUACAAGAGAAGAGAUAAGUGAUUUACUAGCUAUGGAGAAACAUAUAGAUCUAAUAAUACCACGAGGAUCUUCGGACCUAGUGAGGAAUAUCCAAAAACAGUCACAACACAUUCCUGUACUUGGACAUGCUGAGGGUAUUUGUCACGUAUAUUUAGACAAAGAUGCCGAUUCAGUGAAAGCUUUAAAAAUUGUACGUGAUGCAAAAUGUGAUUAUCCUGCUGCUUGUAAUGCAAUGGAGACGUUGCUUAUUCACGAGGAACACAUAUCUGGAUCUCUGUUCACUGACAUUUGUAACAUGCUUAAGAGAGAAGGUGUUAAGAUUCAUGCUGGACCUAAAUUGUCUACUCAAUUGACUUUUGGUCCUCCUCCUGCUAAAACUAUGCGUCAUGAGUAUGGUGCACUUGAAUGCUGCAUCGAAGUAGUUAAAGAUCUGGAUGACGCUGUGGACCACAUACAUAAAUUCGGAAGCUCUCACACAGAUGUCAUCGUCACGGAGAAUGAAAAUUCCGCAAGGAAAUUCCUGACCUCCGUCGACAGCGCGUGUGUCUUCCACAACGUGUCAUCUCGUUUCGCGGAUGGAUUCCGUUUUGGUUUGGGAGCUGAAGUUGGAAUCUCAACCGCCAGGAUACAUGCAAGAGGGCCAGUUGGAGUCGAAGGACUUCUCACCACUAAAUGGAUUCUCGAAGGCACUGAUCAUACUGCAGCGGAAUUCAACGAAGGCAAGAGGACCUGGCUUCAUGAGAAAUUACCUGUCAAUUGA